CGCUGACGUCAGUUGGUAGUAACCAAAAUGGCGGCUGACGUGUCUGAACAAAAUUAUUUAUAUUAAAAACAUCCAAUUUUUCUUUGAAAAUUAUGGAAUGCUAGACUUUCAUCGUGUCAGGGCGCAGGUCUUGAAGAUAAACUAAGAUGGCUGGUACUCUUAAAGGCAGUUUAGGUCUCAAAAGCAGUCCACUGGCACCAACAUCUGCAAAGCUGACUUCUCAGUACCUUGUUCUGGAUCACAUGAACAAUCACUACAACAAAAUUGCAAAAGCCAGACCUGCCAUUGAUAACCAGCCACCUAAGUCUAUGCUAUGCAGCCAGAAAGUUCGUGAACGGAAGCAAAGAGAACAAGUUAUUAAGUAUGGUCGACCAUUGUCAAGUAUGUCCAUGCGUUCCCUCUCUACCCCUGCUAAUGCUAAUUACUAUACAAUGGAGGAUGAAACGUGGUUUUUUUACCCUCAUCAGGGGGAACCAGAAGACGAUGAAGACCGAUUGGUGUACAACAUAAUGAAGAGGACCCUGCAGCAAGAGCCCGAGGAGAGUGCUCAGGCAACGUAUGGGUCGGACUCACACGACCACGAACACAGAGCAAUGGAGGAACACUUCGGCAAAACAGUCAGACACGGGCAGACAUCGCUGCUUCGCGAGAACCUCAACAAACUUCAGCGGCCCUGUUCCGCGAGGUCGUCCCGAAGUGUCAUGAGCAACGCCUCGAGGACAAUCCUAAAUCAGGCGAAGAAACCCGGGACGUACGACGGCGAUUUGUUGGAGAAGAGAGCUCACGUUUUCACACAGUCAGGGAGGGCUUUCACGCCACGGACUUUGAAGUCCAACAGACAGUCGCGGUUAAAAGAAUACAAGUAUUACACUCCACCGCCGAAGAAAAACCAUGAUGGGGACAUGGAGAAAGAAGGGAUGGGUGAUACAGGGGAAUCGCCAUCCAUGCCUCGGCCAAAGCCGAGAAAACUAGGCGACACUCAGAAGGGCGAAAUGAUGGAGACCACUCUGAUGUUUGAGAGUUUACAAAGCCGUGACUACAGCUACCUGAACAAGAAGCGACAGGAAGGCGUACCCACGUUGAAUAUAUCAGUGGACAAAGAUCACAAAGAAUGGUUGAAAGAACAGGCUAACAAAGCUCAUGUGCGGAUGAAAAGCGAUAAGAUGUCCAGCUGUAGAGAAGCUGCUUCUGAGGGCGACACUAACGAGAAUGGAAAGACAUUUCUUGGCGAUGAAAAUGUUUUAACAUUUGGAAAGUCCUCAAAAUUAUUUGACAAAAAGCCAUGGAAAAGUCAAAGAUUAUCCGAGGUUGAAGAAGAACAGCUGUAUGUUAAAUUUGCUCAGGAUAUUACAAAAGAUGUCCUAAACAGUGGAAUCUGCUCGGACAAGGUAUUGCAACAGAUGUUUGACAGACAUCUACAAAAGAAUCAGCAUGUCCUGAAAAUGACCAGGAUGCGUACAAUCCUGUCGAAGCUGAGGAUAGACUUGGGCAUCAGAAGAGACAGUGUUGGUGUUGGUAAUGAUCUGGGGAGCGAGAUGACAACGGUGUCCUCACUGGAACAUCACGACAUGCUCCAUGUUGACAGUGGAACGAAUGCGAUAAAGGGGAACGACCGUGAGCACAGCGAGACCUCAUCUACAUCGUACAAGUUUGACGAGACCACCGAGAUCGUUAGCACAGUGAGGUCACAGAGAAACGAUGACGAGCUGGACGGACUGAGCACAGGUCAGGCUCUGGAGCAGUAUCAGAUGGAUAUCACUAGAGCCGACAACGAGAGCAGAAGUGAGGCAGACAUAGGUGAAAACGCUAUGGGUGACAGAAUGGUGAAUGGCCAUGUGGCAGAUUUGAAAUCUCGUGGAGACCUGCAUCUGGCAGAUUCUGAUGAGGAGAUCUUAACACCCACAAACUCGCAAAACGGAACACCAUGGCACUCGGUGCAUGUAACCCCCUCAACCUCCUCGCAUUCGAUGCACGGAACACCCAUGCAUUCGGUGUCGACAACACCCACUCGUGGACCGAGACCACGUCCUCGAGAUAGAAGGCAUGCUGCUAGAGGGAAGAAAGAUGCUGCUGCUGAUGACGAAUGCUCCAGCGUGAAGGGUUCUGAAGCCUCGAUCUGCACAAGUGAUCAGAAGAUCAAUAUAGAACCUCACACGAAUGAUACAUUGGCCAAACUGGUGGAUUCACCCAAACAGGUGGAUUCGGCCACCAAUGUGACAAGACCACGUGCUCGCGCCAGGAGGCAUCACUCACGAGAAGACAGCCUUUCAGCUGCAGAGGAAGAACUGUCUCAUCACGUCAGAGGUUCUGAACCACCAAACUCUAGAAAUGUGAAGCUGAACGCAAAAAACAACGAUGGACAUGAGUUGAUUCAACAAGAAUAUUCUUCACCGAAGCUUGCAGACAAACUACACACAAGUUUGUCCAUUCAUGACUCUCAGUCCAAGCAAAACCAGGACAUUGUAUGUAAGUCCAUGAAACAUGAUGCAGAAGGGGAUCACGAGUCGGUUACAACCAAGGAGGAGCAUGAGCAAGAUGAUUACGAUGAUGAUUACGAAGAUGAUUAUGAUGCUGAUGAAGAUGAUGCACAUGGUGACACAACUCACAGAACAUCAGAUGAUGACUUUUAGAAAUCAGUAUUGGUUCCUGUCAUGUGAUAUUUUUUGCCUGUUUGCAUUUGUUUAUAUCAGGUGAUAUUUUUAGAUGUCUGCAUUUGUUAAAGGAUCACACCCUAGUUUUAACCCGUAAAAAAAAUGGACAUAAAGUUUACUUAAUUUACAAACCUGUAACUCAUUUGGAUAAAGUUACAAUAGAGUGAAAGAUGAGUCUGUGAUGUUAAAACGGAAAAUAUCCUUAAAAAUAGACCAGAACUCAAAUCAAUAAGCCGCUACUUCUCGGACGCACGUUUUAAAAUAUGAAAAAUGCAUUUUUGGGUAUUAGAAACACCAGGAUGACCAAAAACACUUCGGUUCCAUGGAAAUGGAUAAUCUAAAGAAUAAAAUAUAAGUAAUGUUUGAUUUCAGUUAUUAUAAAUGGCUCUAAUAGUGACAAAUAUGCUACAGUGUUUAAAAACUAGGGUCUGUCCCUUUAAUGUGAUAUGAUACUUUUACAAGUCUGUGUUUGUUAGUGUCAUAUGAUACUUUUACAAGUCUGUGUUUGUUAGUGUCAUAUGAUACUUUUACAUGUCUGUGUUUGUUAGUGUCAUAUGAUACUUUUACAUGUCUGUGUUUGUUAGUGUCAUAUGAUACUUUUACAAGUCUGUGUUUGUUAGUGUCAUAUGAUACUUUUACACGUCUGUGUUUGUUAGUGUCAUAUGAUACUUUUACACGUCUGUGUUUGUUAGUGUCAUAUGAUACUUUUACAAGUCUGUGUUUGUUAGUGUCAUAUGAUACUUUUACAUGUCUGUGUUUGUUAGUGUCAUAUGAUACUUUUACAAGUCUGUAUUUGUUAGUGUCAUAUGAUACUUUUACAAGUCUGUGUUUGUUAGUGUCAUAUGAUACUUUUAUAGGCCCUAAAUUAGACGGCAAAAUGAUGGGGAUAUUUUCACCAAAAGUCAUCUCUGGUGACUAAAUGACUAAAUUAUGAGAUGUCUUUUUUAAAGUUGAAGUAAUAUUUUGGACCUAAUCCAAUUUCAAAAAAAAAAUAACACAACGAAUGUCAAGAUACUGACUUGUUUGGUGUCUAUUUACUUUGGCAUGAGACUGUACAUUGCAGUUGACUGGUUCUUGGCUAUAUUCAUUUCAGUAAUGCCAGAAAAUACUAAUUAUUACUUUCAUUUUAACAUAAUGACACAUUAAUUAAUUAUCAAUUACUUAAAACUGUUGCAUUUUGAAUUAAAAUAUUCAACUGCUUUGCUUGACGAAACACCGAUAAAUGUUCACUUAGGCUAUUUUUAUCAAACAUCUCCCAUUUCUGCUGGUAAGACAAAAGUCACUUCUACUUUAACAGUUCUAGAUUAGGGCCUGCUUUUAGCUGUUUGAAUUUAAUGUCAUGUGAUAUUUUUGCUGUCUGUAUUUGUUUAUAUUUAUGUCAUAAGAUAUAUUUACCUGUCUGCAUUUGUUAAUGUUAUGUGAUAUUUUUAGCUGUCUGGAUUGUUAAAUUAAAUGUAAUAUUUUUAGCUGUCUGCAUUUGUUAAUGUCAUGUUUUGAUAUUUUUAUGCCUCAAACUGCUCAUUUUAAUCCGUCCAUGCUGAUCUCAACAAAAUACUUUUAACUUUUUUUUAAGCAUUCAAGGUUGAUAACUGAAAAUGUCAUAAAUGCUUUAAAUAUGUAGAUUAUUUUGAUAUCAAAUAUUUGUUAAAGUAAACUAACCUGUGGGUAGAAUUUAUUGAUCUUAUUGAAAUAUAGGAUGAGUAAUUGAGAUCUGAAUAGGUUGAAGAGGAAUUAAAAUUUGUAUGAAGAAUAUUCAGUACAACUUUAAAACAUAUACAUGUAUAUUUAUCAUCCAUUAAAGGCUUUUGUAGGAGAUAUCGCGUGCACUAUAAUUUGCAAUAUUUUCACAGGAGAUAUCGCGUGCACUAUAAUUUGCAAUAUUUUCCUAGGAGAUAUCGCUUCUUAUAAACUUGAUUGGUCAAAUUUUAAUCACAAGACAUUAUUUUGUUACAUCACUGUGUAUGUUUCAGCGUUAACAUAUUAUUAGUGACGUCACACCACUGUCGUUCUGUUAGUUAACAAAUCUACCGCUGCCAAAUAUAGUGACAUUCAACCCACAUUACUGACAUUGUUUACAAUUGUUGCAAUGAAAAGAAUGAUAAUGGAUGAUAAUAAUAUACAUGUAUGUAUGUACAUAGAUAUAUAUGAAAGGUCCAGAGGAAUAACCUAUGAUGUCACACUUUUGGUAUAUUGAGAUAAUUUCAUUUUAAAGUUUACAACUUUGUAGUAAAGCAAUCAUGAAAUAUUUAUACAUAAGCAUGCAUGUUUUACCAACAACCCUUAAUGGCCUACCAUAAUUGUACAUUUUUAUUUUAUUGUGUUACUGUGACCUUGACAAACAUGACCUUGAUAACAUUGACUCUCUGUCUGAAUAUCACGUUAUUCCAUUGUAUUAUAUAUUUUUGAUAAUUAUAAAUAUGACGUCUGAUUCACAAUGACUCCACAUUUUUAUGUUUGUUUAACUAUUUACCAUAUGUAAUAACUAACUCGACGAAAAAUAAGGUGAAUAACUAUUACCUGUUAAAAGUAUGCCUGUGUGACCUAUUUUGACAUAACUUAAGUGAUUUCUUCAUAGCUAGUAUGGCUUUUCCUAAAUGCAUUUUAAAUACACUUAAAUACACUUAUACCGUGUGAAUUAGUAUGUUAUAUUACUGCAGUAGUUUGCAGUUAAAAAGUUCAUAUUCUAAAUAUGGGUAAGAGCACAUCAUCGACAAAUAUGUCAAAAGUGGAAAUUGUAGAUUAUUCCCUUGGACCAUAAUUAUAUAAGUGUGUCACUCAGUCUGGUCAGAAAUAAAUCUAACUUUUGAGUAUUAUUCUGUUGUGAUAGAAAGUGCGUAUUAAUUAUUCUGUCUCAGUGUGUGUGUUUUUACUUUCAUAAUUAUUUUAAUAAAUGUAAUGUAAUAAAUAAAUGAUUAAAUAAACCAUCUGGCAACUGAACAUGUGUAUAGAUGCUCUUUGCGGGCCCGGAUGCAGGAUUUCUGAAGGGAGUGGGGGGUUCAAAUGUUAUGACUGAUCUCUCCUUUUACACAGAACAGUUAAUAUAAUCACGUUUCCCCUUAAAGGUUUCCCCAUAAAGGUUAUUGUCGGUUUUCAAAUGGAGGGGGGGUGGGGGUAUUUGUACAUUCUUAUUGAUAGCAGUUCAAUUCAGCCAGACCAAGCAGAAAAGCGUCCGGCAAACUGGUUUAUGCAAUUCAUGUUAUAAUGAAUGAUUUGUUAAAUCAAAAUCUAGGUCAUUAACCUCGAUUGUGGGUGGGGCCCAUGCUGACACUUGAAUACCAGCUGCUAUGAAUGUUUACUUUUGUUUGAUGAAUUCUAAAAAUGUUCAUAAAAAUGGUAUUAAACUGAAAGUUGUGUAGUAUUCUCUAUAUAUAAUAUUAAGUCAUCAGUAUUACUACAUUAAGUACCAUUUCACCAUUUCAAUAUAGAUAAAUUACACCAAAUUUAUGCAUAAAACAUUUGUUGUACAUAUUCUAGUUGUUAGAGAAUACUUGUUAAUUAGAGAAAUCUUUCAGUACCAGUAUAUAUUUUAUUUAUAUGCAGAAUGAUAAAAUGUGUACAUUAAUGGACUGUGAUCAAUAUGUUUAUAGUGUGUUAUUCCUCUGUUCUGUCUAUCAAUAUUUAUUUUAAAUAUAAACUAUUAUUUUAAUUCUGUUUUCAAGCAGAUUGUGAAAUUUCUGUCCUUGUUAAAACCAUUAAAUAACAAUGUUACACCAUUAAAAUGUAGUGCCUUUUGUUAUACUGACUUAAAACUUCUGUUACGACUGUGCCUUUUCAGUGAUAGACAUACUGCUUGUUUUUGUUAUUUAACACACAAUUUUUGCUGCAAACCACAACUGAUAAUUAUUAUACAUACAUUUGAUGAUUUAAUGACUGCCAGAUUUUUAUGUUAUAUGUAUAUUGCUGUGAUAUUUUAAGAUAAACCUUUUUUAACCAUUGUAGCUGAAAUAGUUACAAAAUAAAACUAAUACACAAAAAACCUCACAUUUAUGCAUUGUGUGAAUUUAACAUGGGGAAGCAGAUCCCUAACAGUUAUGUUUAUAGGCUGUUUAGCAAAAACUAGUUAGACCCAUAAGCGUACGAGACAGAGGGGUGGGCAGGAAGGGCAAUUGCCCCCUGGUGAUAGAGCAAAACCUCAAAUUCUGCAAAAAUUAUAGACAUAUUCAGCAAAAGUGUGUUACUCUGAGACCUUUUCACCAUGUAUUUCCAUCAUUGUACACUCAAAAUUAGUUGUAAUCCAUGUAAAAAAUGCGUAGUGAUUCGUUUGCAACCCUAUUUUGGCAGUAAUGUUAAUACGAAAAGCUGUUAUCCAGAUUCAGGCAUUUUCUUUAAAUUCGGGCAAAGGGCAGCCUGCCCUCCUACAAAAAUGGGAGCCUAUGGUUAGACCUACAAAGAUAAAAAUAAUAAUAUGUGAAUGGAAAAAUAUAUAUUCAUUGUCUGGCAUGAUAUCAAAUUUCUAUGCUCAUAGGCCUACCGAUUUCAACAUGUUUCUCAAAGAACGCUUGAUUUGUGGACUGCUAUAAAAAGUAGCACAUUAAAAACAUUGAAACAUUGAAAAAUAAGAGAAAAGCCCAACAUUUCCCAUAAAUUGUACAUGAUAUGGUGCAACAGAAACAUAUAUACUGCUGUUCUUAGCUUUACCUAUUGACAUGUUUGGAGCAUUUCCUUUUAAAUUAAUUGUGAAUGAAUCUUCACUUAAUAAUCUGUGCAAUGAUUUUGAUUCUGUUAUACCUAGUUUGUACUACUGAUCUUAAUAAAUUGUUUCCGUCCAUUA